AUGCUGCAUUCAGAAGACAGCGAAAGGCCUCGAGCAGAAACUUUAUCUGGGUUUGUGCACCGGCCCGCAGGCGUGGGCCGUGCGUGCGGACCCCUGGCUGCCGAGCUGUUCCGCAGACAUGCCCGCGGCACCCGCCCCGGGGUGGCGCAGCGGUUCCGAAGAACCAUGGCUGGCUUCUAUGCCUGCCUGAAGAAUCAAGAUGAUCCUACUAUGGCUGAAUCCCUUAGUGAGGUUUCUGGAAGUCUGGAAGUUCUGGAGGCCAACGAUGAGGUAAAGAAGAAAUCCAAAUUCAAAGCCUUCAAGAACUUUUUUGGCAAGAAGAAGAAGAAAGAGCCGGAAGGUGCCCGGGGAGGGAGGAGGCUGAAGCCAAGCUUGUCCAGCGGCAGUAUUAACAUCUCUUCUCUGAAGCCGGUUCGGGAAGGUCAGCGUGCCGAGACCAGGGCCAAGAGCAGCAUGGGCAGCAAAGCCCUGUCCCAUGACAGCAUCUUCAUGUUGGAUCCUGAGCCUGAAAUAUCAGUGCAUAGAAUCUGCCCCUCUCCAGAGCGCCAGAGAGGCAGACCUCGACAGAGAUCUCAAGCUUCCAGAACUCUGCCUAGAUCUGGGACUAGUGAUGUGCAUGGAGGUGUUUCUGGACUUAUGUUUGGAGCUGUGCCACGAUAUGUGCCCAGAAGUGGAAUCUGGAUUGGGGGCUCCAAGGUCUCUGAGCUCCCCUCACUGCGCCGACGCCACUCAAGCAGCAGUCCCCCUCUGAUCCGAUCUCACACAACCUCUGCUGACUUUGAAGAAACCUCUGUUGAUGAGGAGUCACCUAAGAUCCCACAGAGGAAAGAUUUACCAAUCAAGAUUAUGUCAAUGAGGAAGAGCUCCUUUGAGCCCUCACCAGGACCCACCCGCUCACAGUGCAUGAGCACAUAUGCCAUGAUUGCCUCUCCCAGCCGCACUCACCUGCCCAUGAGCUCAGCAGCUCGACACAAGAUGGCCUUAAACCCCCGGAAACAAAAGAAGAGAAAGAAUCCUCAAGCCACUGGGAAAGCAAAGCAAGAGGAGCCCAUCCUUCUAGUGGCUUCUGGAGAAGAGAAGAGUACAACCAAGCCAAGAGAAGCGGACAAAUGGAAACCGAGAAGAGACGGUGCAGGUGUCUCAAGCCUGAAACGCAGCAAGAGAACCGAAAUGCAGGAUAAGAAGCCAGUGGACAAGGCUGCAUGGGCCGGCGUGGCCUGGGGUGAGAGCCGGGAGUCAGCAGCACAAGGGAGACUUCGCAGCAAACAAGGAUCGAGUGCUUCAGGAUCAACUGAGUGUGCACCCCGAGGAAGAAGGUUUAAACCAUCCAGUGGAGGGCUUGUCCCCAGUGAGAGGGCUGGGUCCCCACCCACCAAGAAGAAUGCCAGGGACUGCCGUCUCCGGAACCUGUCUCUGGAGCGACAAGUCAUGGAGCAGCCCGCGACUCAGCAGGCCCAACGUACUCCUCCCCAGGAGCCGCUUCCAAAUGGAGAUGGCAAGAGAAAGAAAAAGGCUGGUGUCGAUUUGAACACCAGAAAAGCCCCAGUGUCCCAGUUUGUACCCAAAGCCCAGGCAGAGUCUGUGGUUUGGGGUCCAUCGCCAGGCCGGGAGGACGGGGCCUCCGGAGCCGAGUGGCCAGAAGCCAGAGCUCCUCUUUCAUCGGGGACGGAAAGCCUUUCUACAACCCCGGAGGAUGUCAUCUUCUCGGUGGCUAUGGAGGCGCAAGUGUUUAUGGAUCCCUCCCACCUCCAGUCAGAAGGGGAGGAGGCUUUCAGCUUUGAUCUGCAAGCUCUCAAGUUGAAGAUGGAGUCGGUUCAAGAUAUUCCAGCCGUCUGCAGAGAAAGGUCACCCGCAAACAUUCUCCGGGCCUUCACAGCAAGCAUUUCAGGCCCGGCCAGCGCUCGGGCCGAGGGAGGCAUUUCUGCCGAGAGGCUGACUCCCAGAAGCCUUUCCUGGGUCUUGAGAAAGCCCAGAGCCGGAGACAGGUCCUCGGAUCCCGAAAGCCCGUCAGAGGAGGAGAGCGGGUCCAAGCAGCAGCUGCCCCCCCAGCGUUCUCUCCAGUCCUCAGGGAAGCCUCACGACGACCAAGACGUCUUCACAGGAUACGAGAGUUCGGCUAUGGAGCUGAGCAGCCCCGAGCGGCAGCGGGCCGCCAGAUACUUGGCGGGGGCCUUCGGGAACGCCGAAGCCGAGGAAGCAUCCUCGGAUCCAGAGAGCGCGUCGGAGGAGGAGGAGAGCGGGUCCGAGCCGCAGCGAGCUCCCAGCCACCCCUUCCAGCCCUUGGAGGAGCCUGACGAUGACCAAGAAGCCUCAGACUCAGAAAGUUCCAGCAACUCGAGCAGUUCUGAUGAGCUGCUGACUCCCACCUCAGCUGCCCAGGCUUUGGGGGAGGCUGAAGACCAAAUGUCCACAGAAUCCGAUGGCUACAUGGAGAAGUACGACAGCGCUGAAGAGUGGAGCAGCGCGGACGAAGAUGGGCCUCCUGGACCCCCUUCCCAGGCCUCGGCGAAGCCCGCAGACCAGCAACAGGUGGCCUCAGUUUCCCAGAUCCUCCCGGCGGAGUGGGGUGUGUCCGUGGAGCGGCUGGCUCUGUCCUUCUUGAAGCCGGUCCUUCCGCAGCAAAUGUCCAAGGGUUCGGCGAGGCCUCCCGCCCCCAGCAGCAGCCCUGUGGAGCCCGCGCAGCCCCGGCAGCCGGUCCAGCCCCGGCUGAGCCCUCAGGCAGAGCCACAGACCUCCGCAGGCCCCGACAGCGCAGCUGCACAGUGGGACAUUCCUCCGGAGCCACUGCCUCCCAGAAUCUGUUCCAAGCGCCUCGGGAAGCCUUGGGUGGAGCAACCAGUCUCCGAAAGUCCAGAAAUUUGUACCGCUGUCGGGCUCUCUUCCGCGGAGCUGCUGCCGCCCCUGCCUCCGAGGCCGCAUUCCCACCCGCUGCUGGAACCCAUCACGGAGCAAGCGAUCCAGGAGCCUGUGCGGGUCCCGGCUGUCGAGGGGAGCAUUUGCGUGGAGCUGCCACCUCCCCGACGUCCCUGCCAGACGGUCCUGAGGCCAGUCGUGGAGCACCAGGUGUGCCUGGGAGCAGAAAGUGCUGGGGUCGAUCAGAACGCCUCGGUGCAGCCGCCGCCGCUCCCCAGACACGACUCUCAGUCCCUGACGCGACCUCUGGUCCCACAACAGGCCCCCGACGGUCCAGAAAUGCCGGCAGCUCCUGCGGAGCCUUGGCCUCCGCAAGGCCUUGCCCAGGCCUCCAUGAACCCCAUAGCGGAGCCCAGUGUGUUCUCAGGUCUGGAGGCCACCGCCUCCGCCGCCGAGAAGGUCAUUUCGAUGGAGCCGCUGCUCCCCACAUACUCUGCUCAGGCCUUGACCAAUGCGAGAGGCGCGCAAGCGUCAGAGGCUGAUGGCAGCGGCACCGAGGGCGCAUCCGUGGAGCUGCCACCCAGAGACCCCUCGCAGCCCGCCGUGUGGCCCAAAGUCCCGCCACAGCCCGCCCCACCAGAGCCGGUGGGCGCCUCCGCCGCAGGGUGCUGCCAGCCCAGCCUGGGCCUUGCCCCGGGUGCUGCCCUGGUGCCGGGCCGGGCAUCUCCCAGAACCGUCUACUGGUCCUGGUUGAGCUCCUCAUUCGAGCAGCAGGACUCCGAGCGCGAAGAGAGCGCUGCUCUGGAGUGGGGCAUUUCUCUGGAGCCACGAGCUCCCCUGCCUCCACUGCCUCCCAGAAAGACUUCUCAGAACCCCAGGAGGCGGGCAGUGAAGCGAGCCGACUCCCAGCGAUCAGCGAGCGCCCCCCCGGAACGGAGCACGCCUCCAGAACAACAGAGCGUGCUUCCCGAACAACAGGGCGGGCCUCCAGGGCAGCGGAGCCCGCCUCCAGAACGACGCAGUGCCCCUGCCGAGCCAAAGCUUCCCAGAUGCUCUGUCAGGUCCCGGGGCAGCACAAAAGUCAAGCAACCUGUCUCAGAGGCUCUAGAGGGCGCGGAGGCCCUGAGGAGAAUUGCUAUGGAGCAGCACUCUCUCAGAAGGUCUUCUAAGACCAAAGCAGUGGUCAAGCAAGCAGCCUUCCUGGCUCCAGAAGGCUCAAUGGCCCAGAAGAGCGUUUCUACAGAGCAGCCCCCUCCCAGAAUGGCUUCGCAGGCCCUGACCAAAGCAGUGGUCAAGCAAACAGCCUUCCUGGUUCCAGACGGCUCCCUGACCCAGAGGAGAGGUUCCAUAGAUCAGCUCUCUUCCAGAAUAGCUUCUCAGGCCCCGACCAAAGCAGUGGCCAAACAACCAGCCUUCCUGGCUCCAGAGGGCUCUGUGGCCCAGAGGAGCAUUUCCUCAGAUCAGCUGUCUCCCAGAAUGCAUUCUCAGGCCCUGACCAAAGCAGUGGUCAAACAACCAGCCUUCCUGGUUCCAGAUGGCUCCCUGACCCAGAGGAGUGUUUCCACAGAUCAGCUCUCUUCCAGAAUGGCUUCUCAGGCCCUGACCAAAGCAGUGGUCAGGCAACAAGUCUCCGCGGCUCCAGAAAAGUUUGCCACCGAGAGGGUUGCUUCUACAGAGCCUUGGCCUUCCAAGAAGACUUCCCAGUCCCCUGGAAGAUACAGAGUCCAGCAAAUAUCAUACAAUUUUGAGAGUGUUGCCACCCAGACAACCAUGUAUGCGAAGCCAGUGGCUUCCAAAUAUCCUACCCAGUUCUCAUCAAGGUCUAAGGUUCAGGAGAUGUCCUCACGUAUAGAGAAUACCGUUGCUGAAAGAUCUGCCAAGAAACCACCAGUGUCCAGGCAUCCUUCCCAGUCGUUUGUGAAGUUUAUGGCAGAAAAAGUGUUUUCGGAGAGUGCUGCUAAUUCUCUAUCUACAAAUCAACUUUCCAAAUCUCUGUUGAGGUCUAAAGUCCAGUACCCAGUUUUCUUGGGCCCAGAGAAUGCCAGUACCGAAGGAGCCAUCUCUUCCAAGCUGCUGCCCCUGGCACACCCCUUACAGCCCUUGGGGAGGCCGGAAGGCCCCAGGGAAGUUAUCCCAUGUUCAGAAAGUGCCUCCACCAAGCCGAAGCAGAGCAGUUCCAAGGAGCAGGUGCCCUCCAGACACCUUUUCAUGGCACCGGCCAAGCUCAAGUACCAGCAAGUCUCCUCAGCCUCUCAGAGCUCUCCUGAAAUACAGAAGAGUUCUGAAGAGCCACUGCCUUCCAGAGGCCCUCACCAAGCCAAGGAGGAGGCUGAAUUACAGCCACGGCUUUUCUUGGCAGGUCCAGCGAGCGUCCCUGGAGAUUGGAACAGGUCUGAGGAGCACCAGCCUCACCAUUGCAGAUACCCUUGCCAGGUGUUGACAGAGCCCGAGUACCUGCCACAAGUCCAUCCGGGUUCCGUGAGUGCCGCCGCUGCGGGCGCCACCUCUGAGAGCCAUCCUGGAAUCUGGUCCCUCUCAAGAGGCCCAGCUUCUCCAAACAAGACCAGGAAAUUUCGACAAGUCUCUGAAGACCUCCCUAAGAAUACCCUGCUUCCAGAUCCCAAACCCAUGAAGCUCACUAUGGCUUCUACCAGGCAGGCCUCCACUGUGGGGGGCACUUACUCCAAGGGAGAAGGUCUCAAGAGCAGUGAUCGAAAUAACAGCCAUCCAGAUGAAUCCACCGGUGAAAUUGGUGUUGAAACCAUUUUUGGAGUUCGCCUGAGAAAAGUCCCUUCCUUGAAGAAGUACAAGAGUGAGAAACAAGAUGAUCUUUUAAAGUUUUCUUCACUCGCCUUGGGCCUGAUUUCAUCUUCCACAGAACAGCAAAUCAAAAGAAGCUUUUCACCGGGGCUCCAGGGCACUGCAGAGAACCCCAGCACAGCAUCUGACCUUGCAGAGAAGCAACAGACCAGGCCCCAAUCCGAAAGCAUGGCCAAGAAGCAACCCAUUUACAAGGUCCCAGGGAAGGCUCUUGGCCAACACUCAGAUUGUACAGCCUCAGAGCCAGCUUGGAUAACCAUGGUAAAGCAGAAGCAGAAGAGUUCCCAGGUCCAAAUUCCCAAGAAAGAGACAAAAACCAAGAACAAAGCUGGAGCCAAGCCCGAGGCCAAAGAGCCUAGACAUGGGGGAGAACUUGCGGCAACCCACAGAACACUCCAGAAGGGAGCUGGCCUUGCAACUGAAAACCAAUCCAGAAAGACUUUUGCUUCCGAUGUCAAUAAACUGGAGAAGCCGGCAGAGAAGAAGCUACCUAAGUUUACCAAAGCAGGAUUCAAAGAUCAGAAGAUAGCUCAAAUGCCUGCCAUGGCCAAAGAAACCAGGCGGUCUUCCAUUCUCCCAGCUGCGGUCCAGGCGCCAGCAGAGCCGGAAGAGCCAGUCUGGUUCUCCCUGGCCAAGGAGAAAGCCAAAGCUUGGACCCAUAUAUCGGAAAUCAUGCAGUAAACAGCUCCCGGUGGGAGGAAUUGUUGCCAAUAGUCGCAUUAACGCUAUAUAGUGAUUUAUUUCCUAUAACCACUUUCUAUUAAGCAAAAGCACCUUAAAAGUACAAUUAAAGCCAGUAAGUAUUUUAACAUAAGAAAUGCCGUGAAAGCCUAACCCUCACUCAGUACAGUCACUGCCAACAUCUGAAAACCCAGCCUUUCCUCUACAAAAGCAAUGUGACAUGAUUUACUCUGGACCACGAGCUUUAGAAGAGAGGAAGCAAAAAACAUUUUGUGAGAGCGACUGAAAGGUGGUGGUCAUUUCCCUUGAUCAAAUAAAUUCCCUCGGAUGGAAAUGGCCAGAUGAUCUGGCCCAAGGACUGGCCUUCAGGUUUCAGGAGCCUGGCUAAAUGCUUCAGUUCUUUGGUUGCUGCUCCAAGCUUCACAAAGGCCCUGAGAAGAAGUGGUGGGACGGAAAAUUCUGGGUCUCUGAGAAAAAUUUUGCACAGACAGUCCCCCAGUUAGCCAUUGCCCUUUGAGACACCACCCUUGUAUACCUGCACAGCCCCCUCGAAUCCCUGCAACUUCUAGAACGUUCUCUCUUUGCACAAGCCCCACAUUGCCAGUUUCGCAGCAGUGAGCACCUCCCUAGAAGGCAGAACAUUUCUUGACGAUUCUCGUGCUCCCCUAGAUGGUUAGCUCAUCAGUAUUUGACUUCUUA